UCGGCCAGAAACUUCAGUCCGUUGGUUGCGGCGACAGGUAGCGAAGUGGUCCCGAGAAGUUGGGUGCUCCGGUAGCCAGGAUGGCUGGAGAGCAAACGGUUACCAUGGACGGGUUCCAUAUAUACCCAUCAGAAAACUACACAGAGGAGGACAUGGGCUCAGGCGACUAUGACUCCAUGAAGGAACCCUGCUUCCAGGACGAAAGUGCCCAUUUCAACAGGAUCUUCCUGCCCACUAUCUACUCCAUCAUCUUCUUGACUGGCAUAGUGGGCAAUGGAUUGGUCAUCCUGGUCAUGGGUUACCAGAAGAAACUGAGAAGCAUGACAGACAAGUACAGACUGCACCUGUCAGUGGCAGACCUGCUCUUUGUCCUCACACUUCCCUUCUGGGCAGUUGAUGCUGUGGCAGACUGGUACUUUGGGAAAUUUCUGUGCAAGGCUGUCCAUGUCAUCUACACAGUCAACCUCUAUAGCAGUGUCCUCAUCCUGGCCUUCAUCAGUCUGGACCGGUACCUGGCCAUCGUCCACGCCACCAACAGUCACAAGCCACGGAAGCUGUUGGCUGAAAAGGUGGUCUACGUUGGCGUCUGGAUACCUGCGUUCCUGUUGGCGAUUCCUGAUUUCAUCUUUGCCAAUGUGGCGCCAGGGGAAGGCAGGUAUGAGUGUGACCGCUUCUACCCCAAUGACUUGUGGAGGGUGGUGUUCCACUUCCAGCAUAUCAUGGUUGGCCUUAUCCUGCCCGGUAUCGUCAUCCUGUCCUGCUAUUGCAUUAUUAUCUCUAAGCUGUCCCACUCCAAGGGCUACCAGAAGCGCAAGGCCCUCAAGACCACAGUCAUCCUCAUCCUGACUUUCUUUGCCUGCUGGCUCCCCUACUACAUUGGGCUCAGCAUCGACUCCUUCAUCCUCCUAGAGAUCAUCAAGCAAGGAUGUGAGUUUGAGAAGACUGUGCACAAGUGGAUUUCAGUCACCGAGGCCCUGGCCUUUUUCCACUGUUGCCUGAAUCCCAUCCUCUAUGCCUUCCUCGGAGCCAAAUUUAAAACCUCUGCCCAGCAUGCACUCACCUCUGUGAGCAGAGGGUCCAGCCUCAAGAUCCUCUCCAAAGGAAAGCGGGGUGGACAUUCUUCUGUUUCAACUGAGUCCGAGUCUUCAAGUUUUCACUCCAGCUAACACUGAUAUAAAAGACUUUUUAUACAUUAAAGGACUUUAUUUUUAAGUUACACUUUUUUCAGCUAUAAAAGACUGACCAGUACUGUACAGUUUUUAUUGACUAUUGGAUUUUUUUCCUUGUGUUUAGUGUUUGUGACUUAUUUAUAUAAAUAUUUUUUUGUGUCAUGUUGAUGAGUGUCUAGGCAAGAACUGUGGCCAAGUUCUUAGUUGCUGUGUGUGUGUCUGGUGGUAGGACUGUAGGAAAGAGCACCGAGCAUUCCAGGAUGUGUAGUGAAUCACUUAAGCUAGAAAUGAUCCUCAGCUGUUUGUGUAUAAAUAAUCUCUCCAUUCCAGUGGAACAUUUUCUUUUCCUGUUCUUAAACUGUUUGGUUACACUGUGUGAUUUUUGCUAUAGAAGAUGGCACCUAGAACCAAAAGCUGAAGUGGUGUAGAAAUGCAGGGGUUUUUUUUUCAGGAGUGGGUUUCAGCGCAUACAAUGUACAGUCUUGUAUUAAGUUGUUAAUAAAAGUACCUGAAAAACUUA